AUGGCAUACCCAUUCCCAUUCGAAUGCGAACCCUUCUAUAUGCGCCCCUUCCUAAUAGUCAAGUCUAUUACGGGGGUAUUCUUCACAAUAUUGAUCAACUUCGUCGUCCCAAUAGCCGUGGCAUUGGCCAUAAUAUUCGUCAUCGGCUUGGUACUUUUCGCUAUACUUGGCAUAGUGUUUGGACGGGGUCCGAAUUCCGAGGAGAUUAAAGCGAAGAGGGAGAAAGAGAAGAAGGAACGCGAACAAAAAGAUCGUGAGGGAGAACAGAAAGAGCGAGAUCACAAGGAGAAUCAAUACCAGGGAAAGCCAGAUGCAGAACUAUUUACCGCUCCUCUUUCCGCAACUGCGAGUGGUCCCGGUGGUACCUAUGACCUGGAGAAGCGUCUUGAGAUUGAGCUUGAACUUCUUGGGGAGAUGGCUGUGGCUAGGAGGGAGAGGUUGGCGGCUUUGAGGAUGGCGCAUUCCGGGGACGAGGCUGAGUAUUUGGAGGUUUUGGAGAAGCUUGAAUAG